UUUUGGGAUUGGAUUAUGACAUUACCUAAAUUAAGGGUUAAAUUAGAGCGUGUGCUAGGCUUAACUGUAUCAUGCAAUGCAGCUCUUGACUGUGAUCCAAUAACCAGUAUUGUUGCUUAUCCUGCAGGGUGCGUAAUUGUUCUCUACAAUGUUCGGAAAAAUAGGCAAUGCCAUAUUCUUAGUGCUUCCAAGAAAACCAUUACAUGUUUGGCAUUCUCCUGGGAUGGAAAAUACUUAGUUACUGGAGAAUGUGGUCAUCAGCCACAUGUUCGUGUAUGGGAUGUGCAAGAUUGUAACCAAGUUGCAGAAUUUUCUGGUCAUAAAUAUGGAAUUAAUUGUGUUGCAUUUUCACCUAAUUUGAAAUACGUAGUGUCUGUAGGAACCCAACAUGACAUGAUUGUUAAUGUAUGGGAAUGGAAAUCAAAUGUCAAGAUAGCUUCAAAUAAAGUUUCUUGUAAAGUUAAAGCCAUAUCAUUUGCAUCAAGUGGAAAUUACUUUGUUACAGUAGGAAACAGACAUGUCAAAUUUUGGUAUUUAGAAUAUUCACGCUCAACAAAGUAUAAACUUGAACCAGUUCCACUAAUGGGAAGAUCAGCAAUAUUAGGAGAUCAGAGAAAUAAUUAUUUCUGUGAUGUCUCAUGUGGACGAGGUGACAUGGCAGAUAGCACCUAUGCAAUUACUAAAUCUGGAUUGUUAUGUGAAUUUAAUAGUAGACGGUUACUUGACAAAUGGGUUGAACUUAGGACUUCUAGUGCCAACUGUAUAUCUGUAGGAAAAGACUAUAUUUUUAUAGGAUGUGCCGAAGGAGUUGUGAGGUGCUUUAAUCCUUUUAAUCUUCAAUUUUUAUGUACUCUUCCUCGUCCUCAUUAUUUAGGAAUAGAUAUUGAUAAAGGAUUGCAUGGAAGACAAUUAAAUCCACCCACAUCUGGUGCAAGAUUUCCCAAUGCUAUAGCAAUUUCUUUGGAUGAAAAAAAUAAAAAGGUUACUUGUAUAUAUAAUGAUCACAGCAUGUAUAUUUGGGAUAUAAAGGAUAUGAAAAAAAUUGGGAAAAUUCAAUCAUUCCUUUAUCACAGUGCAUGUAUUUGGGGAGUAGAAACUUAUCCAGAUGUUUCCUCAACUUCCAAAAACGUUCUUCCCAAAGGAACAUUUCUUACAUGCUCUAGUGAUGAUACAAUAAGAAUAUGGAAUUUUGAAAAUAAUUUAAGUCCCGAAACAUUUUAUCAACGUAAUAUUUAUAGUUUUGAUUUGCUUAAAAUGAUAUAUACAGAUUCGGAAUUAACAUAUUUAUGUGAUACAGAUUUCAGUCCUUCUGGAAGCAAUGAUAAAGUUGAUACAACAUAUGAUGGAAAAAAUGGUGUGAGAUGUUUACGAAUAAGUCCGGAUGGACAACAUUUGGCAGCUGGAGAUCGUUCAGGAAAUAUAAGGUUUGUUGAUUAAUGGUAUCUAUCAGAAUGUAGAUACCAUUGUUUCUCAAAAUGUACUUUAAGAGCCAUUAAUAAUUAAGAAGU